GCCCCAGCCACUGGAAGGAGCUGAAAGCCACGUGUGGUGGUGACAAGCAGUCCCCUGUGAACAUCGACAGGCGUCGCCUGCAGCGGGAUGGUGGCCUCGGGGACAUCCUCUUUGAGGGCUAUGACCAGGCCCCUCCGGGCAAGUGGAGGCUGACAAACGAUGGGCACACAGGGUCCCGAGUGGCUCCUGUCCUCUGGCUCCCCUUCCACUGGGGCAGCCCAACCGGGAACGGCUCCGAGCACACCCUCGACGGGCACCAGCUCCCCAUGGAGCUGCACAUUGUCCACAUGAACAUCAAGUAUCGGACACUGGCGGAGGCCAAGGGACAUCCCAACGGGCUGGCCGUCCUUGGCUUCUUCUUCCAGGUCUCCGAAACCCCGAACACCAACUACAACACCAUCGUGGUGGGGCUGAAGAAUAUCUCCUAUGCUGGGGACUCUGUGGAUUUGGCCUCCACCUUCCGCCUAAGCACCCUGCUGCCGCGCUCUGGCCAGCUCUCCGGGUACUACCGCUACCAGGGCUCCCUCACCACCCCCGACUGCAGCGAGGCUGUUGUCUGGACUGUCUUCGAGGAGCCAGUGGAGAUCGGCUGGGAGCAGCUUCAGGCGUUCGUCAGCACCCUCCACUUCCCAGCCGAGGGCCCCAUGCUCCUAAAAAUGACCAACAACUUCCGCCCGCCGCAGCCCCUGAACAGCCGCAAGGUCUUCGCCUCCCGGGCAGCCACGGCCAGUGGGGGGUCCCCACGUGAGGGCCGCCCCCAGCUCCUCUUCCCCCUGCUCCUCCUGGCUCUGCUCAGACCCUUCUCAGCAGUCCUGUAG